AUGUCUGGGGUGGGGGUUGGUAUCUUCCUGACUGCAGCUCUGGGACUGCCCGAGGCUCUGAUCCCAGUGCAGCUGCUGUGGGUGAACCUGGUGACGGACGGACUGCCAGCCACGGCCCUCGGCUUCAACCCCCCGGACCUGGAUAUCAUGAACCGGCCCCCACGUAGUCCCAAGGAGCCCCUGAUCAGCGGCUGGCUCUUCUUCCGCUACAUGGCCAUCGGAGGGUAUGUCGGCUGUGCCACAGUCGGAGCAGGUGCCUGGUGGUUCCUUUAUGCUGACGAUGGACCACAGGUUACUUAUCACCAGCUGUCGCACUUCAUGCAAUGCACAGAGGUAAACCUGGAUUUCGAGGGGAUCGACUGCGAAGUGUUUGAGGCAGCAGAACCCAUGACAAUGUCCUUGUCGGUGUUAGUGACCAUCGAAAUGAGCAAUGCCUUGAACAGUCUAUCUGAGAAUCAGUCACUGGUCCGUAUGCCUCCCUGGCUGAACUGCUGGCUACUGGGAGCCAUCGGUCUCUCCAUGUCUCUGCACUUCUUCAUCCUCUACGUUGACCCGAUGCCUCUGAUCUUCAAGUUGACUCACUUGACUUUCACGCAGUGGUGGGUGGUGUUGAAGAUUUCCUUCCCAGUUAUCCUUAUAGAUGAGGUGUUGAAAUUCGUCGCCCGUAACUACCUGGAGGCAACCAGCUAAGACAGAGGAACUCGGGCGGACGGAAGAUUAGUAUAUUGCCGUCUAAAACGGCUAAAGUAACGAUAAAGCAAGUAAUGCUCGCAAGAAUUAAAGGGACAGAGGUCUUUCCAUGGACCUUCGAGGAGCGUUUGGGGUUCAGCCUAUGGACGGGAGGGGCUUUUUGUCCAUUCCCAUUUUGCACACGCUCGAAAUUUCACCCUUUCCCCCCUCCUACAAACUCAACAAGAACUUACUUAUCGCCUGUGAAGACAAAAUAGACACAGCGCUCCAACUUUCUCUUGAUUCUCUCUGUUGGAAAGAUGGGGCACUAGAGAGAGUGGCACAAACCUCGCUCCCUCUCUCUCCUCCCACAUCCCACAGCUGACCAACCUCGACACCUCCACUUCCCCGUCCCACCUCCUCUCGAUUCCCUACACAAGUCCUGUCAGUCUCUAUACUCUGCAUCUGCCUCCUUUCCCUUGUGUUCCAGCAAAAAGUGUGGUUCGCCCUCCUGUGUGUCGGGAGCCUGGUUUCACAGGAGAGGGUGGGGAGGGGAGAGUCAGGGGGGUGAAAGCAGAGGUGGGGUGUGGAUGAGUGAGGGAGGGAGGUGUCAGUGUCCUUUGAAGUGGGCAGGCUGCAGUCCGCCUAACUUCAAAGGGCACUCCCACCCCACCCUCCAACACACCCCACUGACAGCAAGGAAAUUUCCCUUGUACCUGCCCUUCAGUGUUCCUAUCCCCCCCUCCCUCAUGCAAUAUCCCUUGCCCACCAAUCAGGGUAAGAGCGACCUCCAGUUUCCCCCCUUUUUACACCCUCUCUCUCACCGCCACUCUCCCUUCACCUUUCCACCCCUUUCUCUCCACUCUCCUCCAACCUCAGCUCCCUCUCUCUACUCCCUCUCUUCCCCCUCCCCCUUCUCUCCCCUUUCUUUCCUUCUCACCCUCUCUCCACCCACUCUCCACCUUCUUUCCCUCCCCCAUCAUCCCAUCAUUCUCUCCAUAUCCCUUCCCUUCCUCUCCCCACUCUUUCUCAUCCUCUCCCCCCCGCCCCUCACGAUAAGUCACAGGAGCAGUAUUUGGCCUCUUGGCCCAUCAUGUCUGUUACACCGUUCAAUCAUGGCUGGUAUUUAUUUUGAACUCCAUUCCUUCGUCCUCUCACCAUAACCCUGAGUUAUCUCUCUCCUCCACUGCUCUCUCCCUCCCUUCUUCCUGUCCAGCUCCCUCUGCUGCAACUCCAGACUGUGUACCCUGUUCUAUAAUGAGAAUAAAGUACAGCUCGUGGCUUGUU